UUCUACUAAUUAAUGAACAACAUUUAAAUACAGCACAGUACCGCUCUACUCUAGUCGAACUGCGCACGUAGAAGCAGCAGCAGCAGCACAGACAGUUAGUCAUUCAAGUCGAAAAUGAUAUGUACACUCAUUAUACUUUUAACGGCUACGUUAGCGUUAUACUUGUACUUGACGUUCACGUAUUGGAAAAGAAAUAAUAUUCCAACGGCCAAAGGAUGGUACCCGAUCGUUGGUCACGUCCUACCCGUGUUAACCAUGCAAAAAGCUCCGGGCGUACUGGUUCAAGAAUUAUACCAGCAGUACAAGGAUAGCAGCAUGGUUGGAUUUUACAAAGGAUUAGUGCCGGCAUUAAUUAUCCGCGAACCGAACUUGGUGAAAACCGUGGUACAAACUAAUUUCCCGAGUUUUGAUCUGAACGGUUUCCAGAUUGAAAAAAAAGCGGAUCGCCUGUUAGCUCAUCAUCCACUUUUCACCAUUGGGGAAAAAUGGUCCAUUGCAAGAAAGCGAAUAAGCUAUGGGGUUACCAGUGGCAAGUUGAAAAUUCUUGUAGUAACAAUUGCCGAGGUGUGCAAGAAAUUCCAAGAUUACUUGGACAGGCGGCUUAGCUCCAACGACAAGUACGAAGUUGAACUGAAGUAUCUGUUCUCAAAAUUUACUGGCGAAGUUGCGGCCAACGCUAGUGUAGGCGUCGAAGGGCGCUGUUUCGAGGACGUAGAUGAUCCUUGGGCGUUUGAUCAGAUGGGCCAGACUAUCUUUCAACCGAAUUUAUUCGGUAGAUUUCUAUUUAACUUUGUAACCCUAUUUCCCACUCUGAAUCAUUUCACAAUGCUCAAGUACGUGAAUAAAGAAUUGCAACAAAUGUUCAGAAGGCUGGUUAAGGAAAAUUUGGAGCACAGACGAAAGGAAUCAACGCCCAGGCACGACUUUCUUGAUUUAAUGUUGAGACUCGAGAAAGAGGAAGGAGUACAGCUGCCUUUGGACGCUCUCACUGCUUAUGCAUUCACGUUUUAUCUCGACGGAUUCCAAACAUCAAGCGUUACUCUCAGUUUCGUUGGAUUUCAACUGGCUCUGCAUCAGGAUGUUCAAGAGAGACUACGUGAAGAAGUGAAGUCUGUGAUGGAAAAACACGGAGAUGAGUUAACGUACGAAUCGCUGAAAGAGAUGACUUAUUUGGACCAAGUAAUUAGUGAAUCGCAAAGAUGUUACUCGACAGUGAGUAUCCUGAACAAAGUAUGUACAGAAGAUUGCACGUUGGAAGGAUCGGACGGGCUUAAAUGUCGUGUGAAAGCUGGCACCGAAAUUGUCAUACCCGUUUAUGGAAUGCAUAAGGACCCCAGGUAUUGGUCCGAUCCAGAGACCUUUGAUCCAGAUCGAUUCAGCGAGGAGAGAAAGCACGAGAUUCAAAAAAUGGCGUUCCUCCCAUUCGGCGAGGGAAUGAGGAAGUGUGUCGGAACAAGAAUGGCACUGCUACAAGUAAAGGCUUGUUUGGCUACCUUGGUCAAAAGCUAUAAAUUGGAAUUGUCGCCUAAAACGAAACUGCCUUUGAAACUGGUGCACUUCAUUUUUCUUUCAGAAGCAGAAAGCGGACUUUGGGUGUAUAUAUCAAAACUUUGAAAACAGUCAAAUAUAUUAAUAUUGUAGGAAUAUUAUGAUUGUUAAUCAUUUACUUAUUUUAUAACGAAUUGUAAACAUAGAAAACAUUGCUAUCUCACUAGCAAAUACUAAUUACGAUAGAACAUCAACGAAAUUAGUGAUAACUUACGUAACAACUGAAGCUUAAUGUUAGCAAGUACAAACAUCAAUUUUGUAUAAUGCAUUGUAUAAUAAAUUCGUUUAAUAACAUUGCUAUCAAAGAA